AAUCUCCGUAAAGCUGUGAAAGGAGUACCGAGGAGCAAUGAUUGAAUACCAUAAAGCAGCUGUUGAAGCAUUUGUGAAUGGGGACCGUGACAAAGCAAAGAAACUUCUAGAUCAGGGACAAGUUUAUCUCACAAAAGCGCGCGAAGCAGAUGAAGAAUCUAGUAAAAUGAUUGUUGAAACUAAGAAUGAAGAGUCACAAGCACUUGUGCUUGACUUACAUGAAUUUAGUUCAGGGCAGGCCAUACGUCUAUUAAAGUGUCAUCUGUCUACACUAUCUGGUCCAUCAUUCGAGUACCUUAAGGUUAUCAUUUAUGAAAGUAAUCAAGAUGUCUCUCAAGGUCCUCAAUGUCAAAAAAGAAAAAGACGGAUCACGGCGCUUUUACAAAACGAGUCUAUAGAGUGGAACGAAGGGGAGACUUCUGGCACACUCUUGAUCAGAUUGGAUAAAAUAGACCCGAAACGCCUGAGUUUUCACCAAAAAUAAUGUGAUCGUUGGAAUCAAGCUGUUAAGUGCUACUUUAGAGUGAUUGGUCUCAACUGCGUGAGACAAUGACUGUGGUUUGGGUUUUAUCAUAUUUGGAACAAAAAAGGGAUUUGAGUGUGAGUUUUGGUAUUUCGCCUUCUAUUGUUGUCUGAAGUAUGUGUAAUGAACCUUUUGAAUUAUAUGAUGCUUAUGAUUGCUAACAA